UCAGGCGAGCGGCGCAAACUAAAACACUCCACAGCCAAACGCACGAGAAAGAGUAAGUGUAGUUUCAAUCGCAGCGUUAUUUAGUAAACUGUCUUUUUAUUGCCUGUGAGAAAAGUCGUAUCCGGUAUGGUUCGGCAUCAACACAAACUAUGUCAAGCAGCAACAUCAACCUACCCCCGGUGCGACAUUUGCCUCACUGGACCCGAGUUGGAAGUCUGGGUAAACCAUGCGCCGCGCCUCGCCUUCCGCCGGGGAUCCAGCUAGAGCCGCUUCGUCCCGGCCCACCAGAGGACAGGGGGUCGGUGAUGAGGGCGCAUUCACCGGAGGAGGGCAGCCACACAGACCCGGACCCCCGCGUCGCCUCGUUGCAGAGAAAUAUCCAGUUCCUCCAGCAGCAGCACCAGGACACGCUGGGGAAGCUUCACACGGAAAUCGAAUACCUCAGACGGGAGAAUAAAGAGCUGCAGUAUAAGCUGAUAAUGGAGACGCCCACUGUCAGUCGGAAAGCAGGAUUGCCCGUGAGUCGCAGAGGCCUCAGACCACCCACUCAGGGCAGUGAUGUGCGCUCAGGACUGUACCUGGAGGAACAGCUGCAGGACACGAGACCCCUGCAUGAUCAAGCAGCCAGUCUGGGAGAGUCCACAGACGCAGCAGGCUCCUUCAGCAAAGCACAUGGCACGGAGCCGAGAGGGGGUCUCAUCACGUCACUACAGCCUCUGCGCAUCCACAGUAGCCCCGCCCACCCGCCACGCCCACCCACCCUGCACGAGUGUGAGGUCAUCAUCCGACAGCUCUACAAUGCCAACAGUAUACAGUCUCAGGAACUUUUACGGGUGAAGGCUUUGCUGAGAGAUAUUGUUUUUAGUAAGAAAAUCACACCAGAAAACUACAUUCUCACCAAAACCUACCUUGCAGAUGGGACAAGGAAGUUUUCUGAAACAGAGAAGUUGCCAAAGCUUGGUCUUCAGACAUUUCCAGAAAAAAUCUCUGAAACUCCCCAGUCGGCUGUGAUCUUACCUGCUCUCAAACAGUCUUUCAGCACGUCCAUCGCAGACAGACAGAGGAGGGCCCGCGCUGUGCAGAGGGGCCGAUUCAAGAGAGUGGUGCAGUGACGCCAAUACGCAUCAAGAGGGUUUGGUAUUUUCAACAAGGACUGACAUGAGACUAUGGAAGGCUUCUUAAAAUGUGUUUUCAUUUUGUAAUUUUUCUUGAGUUUUCACAAGAUCUUAAAACUGUAAUGUCAACGCAAGGUACACAUAGAAAAAAUGUUUUAUCUUGAUAUAGUAGAAUGAGUUGUUUUU